AUGGAGGUGGUUUCUUUGAUUCCAUUUACCCUUAUCGCGAAGCUGAUGCUUGAUGAGGCCAAGAAAGUAAAGGACUUCAAACCCUUGAUCGAGGAAUUGGUGUCGACCAUUGAGAGACUAGUACCGAUUUUUGAAGAAAUCGAUUUGCUGCAAAGAAGACUGGACCCAGGUAAUAAAGAUCUAGAUUUUAUUACCAAAUUGAUGCUAAAAGCCAAAAAAAUGGUACGCAAGUGUUCAGAAGUCAGGCUAUACAAUAUAUACAAGAUAAAGUCGUAUACCAGAAAAAUAAAAGAAAUAAAUGACGAUUUUGUCAAGUUCUGUAAGAUUGACUUGCAGUUUAUUCAGCAUAAGAACCAUUUACGGGCUAGUUCCGUAACAAGCCUAAAAAUACAAGAGUCUCCUCCUCGUGGACUUGAAGGUCAACAUCGAGUUAGUUCCAAUGAAGGCAAAGGAGAGCAAGUUCAGGAGGAUGAACAGCUUUCUUUAGCUCUUAAGGAGAGUCUAAUUAUGAAAGAGCUUUUAUCGCGUAAAGCUGAAGCGCUUUCAUCUCGUGAAGCCGAAGAGCUUAAGACAGCUAUUAAAGAAUCUUUUUCCCUUUGCCGCCAGCAAGAGGAACAAGCGGCGAAAAGAAAGUUAGAAGAGGAGAAACUAGUUGCUGUAGCUCUUGAGAAGAGUCUAAACACUGAAGACCCUGCAUUGCGUGAGGUUAUUCAAGAAUCUCUUUCACUUCAACGCCAGCAGGAGGAAAAAGCGAAAAGAAAGUUAGAAGAGGAACAGAGGAUUAUUUGGGAGAGUUUUAAGGAUAAAGGCAAAGCAAAGAAAGUUCAGGAGGAUGAAAAGAGUAUAGUUAACACUGAAGAUCUUUCUUUGCGUGUGGCUAUAUCUAAUUCCCAACGAGAGGAACAAAUGGCGAAAAGGCGUGCAAGAGAGUUGAAAAUAAACGAACAGCGAGUUCUUUUGGAGAGUUUCAAAACAAAAUGAAUCAAGAAGAUAUGUUGAAGAGAGGGGUGUUUUUCUUUCAUAUUUCCUUUGUUACCAUGUUCUCCUUUCCAUAUUUCAAUGUUUU